AGAGGAAAUGAAGCUACUAGGGUGGUGGCUGAUGCUUGUGGGCACCCUCCGAUUAGCUUCGGUGUGGUUCGGAUUCUUCGAUAUAUGGGCUCUUCGCCUCGCCGUUUACUCCAAAUCCACCAGAACAUCUAUCAUUUUGAUGUUGUUGCAGUGGAAUUCACACCAACCAGUCAAGGCUAAGCCUCAAUGAGAUAGAGAGCAUUGAUUCUUUGGAUGCUUUGUGUUGGCAGAUUAAAGGUAAUCUAAUUAUUCUUUCACAACCAUUACAUACCAUCUGUUGUGAUAAUUAAGUAUCAGCCUAUCUGUAACAAUUUGCAAAGGAUUUAUGAAAAAACUCCAUUUCAGAAUUCCAUGGUAAAAUGAUCUCAAAUUAAUGUGAUGUACUAUUAUGAAUUUGUAGUGUAGAGAGAUUGUUUGAAUACUAGUGGAAUUUGAUUUGAUUUGAGUGAUGGAAUAAGAUACUUUAUGGUUGUUGAAACAGUGGGAAUGAUAUUCUAGAAUAUCAUAAAUAGAAGUUUGAGAUGCAAUAGUAAAAAAGUUGCUUCGAAAGUUGGAAUGCUCAAAGCUGAAGCAGCUCUUUUUCGAUUCACCAAAUCCAAAUUAUUCUUCUAGUUUUGUCAGUUGAGGAAAUUUGGCUGCCACUACCAUUCUUUCUAGUGUAAAUGAAAUCAGAAAUAUCACACAAUAUGUUUAGGGAGCGUUCGCUUUCUUGCAAAUACCAAGAUAUGGGCCCAAUUCUGGGUUAAUUCUGCUGUUCACCUUUCUUGUUUAACUCUAGACGGGCCCAAGAAAAAUCCAUCGGCCCGCACUGUUGCUUUUAGAAUUGCCCACAAUUGAAAAUCGACUGCAACGUGGUUUUCGAUUCUGGACGCGGGGAGAAGGUCCAGAAUUGGUAACAAGAUUACGUUUUUACCCUCUGCAUUUGACAUCCACCUCCAAAAAUCACGUUCCCCAAAUUCUGCCUGAGCGCGAAAUCCACCAAACCCUAGUUCAUAUGUUCUCGGCAUUGCACAGCAAGACCCUUAAUUGACUCAAGUCUCAACCAUCUUCUUGUUUAGCGUUUCGGACGGUGUUACUCUGUCGCAGAGGAGAAAGUUUCCUUCUUCAUUCGAAAAUUGGGGGUCUUUUACUCAGAAAAGAUGUCGAGCUCUACCACGAAUGAUGCACGCAUCUACAUGAUGUUGGAAGACAUGUUGUCCGUGUCCCGUAAGGAAACUAAUGUGCUAAUGACUCGGUUUCGGAACGCACGAACUGAACGGCGAAAGCGGCGAAUACUAGAGUACGCCCGCAAAUACAGUGUUCUAAACAAAAUUCCAGAUCAGAUCAAACACCUGGACCGGCUCGUACAUGUCACUGACACUACUUGCCUUGCUAACCUACGAAUGGACCGCAACACGUUCGGAAAAUUAUGUCGUAUUCUAACUGAACGCGGGGGGCUAAAGGUUGCUAAAUGCUUGGGCGUUGAAGAACAAGUAGCAAUAUUCUUGGGUGUUCUUGCACACCAUAACAAAAACAGAGCCCAACAACACUUAUUUUGGAGGUCUGGGGCAACCGUUUCGUUCUAUGUGAACAAAGUUCUAGGUGCGGUUCUUAGUCUACAUGUUGACCUUCUAACUCCUCCGGUUCCUGUAGGCGACGACUUUACCGACCACCGAUGGAAGUGGUUCAAGGGUUGCCUAGGGGCUCUCGACGGCACACACAUCAAUGUGUUGGUUAGGUCCGCCGACAAACCAAGGUAUCGAACGCGAAAAGGCCAGAUUGCUACCAACACUUUGGCGGUGUGCAAUCGCAAUAUGCAAUUCGUGUACUUUUUACCGGGAUGGGAGGGAUCCGCCGGCGACUCGCGUGUACUACGUGAUGCUGUCGCUAAACAAAAUGGGUUUAAGGUCCCAGAAGGCUGUUAUUACUUGUGUGAUAAUGCAUAUGCAAACAGCAACGGCUUCCUCACUCCGUAUAAAGGGGUCCGAUACCACCUUAAGGAGUGGGGGCCGGGGAUGGCAGCUCCUCAAAACCCUAAAGAAUUGUUCAACAUGAGACACACUAAAGCAAGAAACGUUAUUGAGCGUGCUUUUGCGGUGCUAAAAAUGCGUUGGGGCAUCCUUCGUUGCGCAUCAUUCUAUCCAAUCAAGACUCAAAUUCGACUAAUAAUGGCAUGCUUCCUCUUACACAACUUUAUCAGACGUGAAAUGGGAGUCGACCCUAUUGAAGUUGAGUUGGAUGAAACGAACCCUCCUGUUGCAGUGGCUGAAGACAUUGGCGCCAACCCUUAUGUAAACUGUGUUGAACCGACCGCUGAGUGGACGUCGUUCCGUGACAAUUUGGCUUUAAAUAUGUGGAACAACCGCUAGUGGUGUUAGGUGUUGUGUAGUUGUUGUGAACCUGAUGUCUAUUUUAGUUCAAGAUGACUGUACGACGCUGCACAUAUAACCUUGAAGUUGUGUGUGUGUUUUUGUGAGCAACGUGGUGAAACAAUGACUCUGAUUUUAUUUUGCACA